AUGCUAGAGUGCAUAACGACAGAAGGAACUGUUGAAGGCAUUGACCGAGAUGGUGACAUCGUCGUUCGGUAUCCUAGCGGAAACAGAUUCUGUCUGAACCCUGACGCCCUGACCAAAGUAGGCGGGGAUGACAGCUCCGCCCUCCGUACAGGAGACUGGGUCCAGGUCAGCGAGGAUCACGGGAAGGUUCAGCGGCAGCAGGUCGGACAUGGCGGCUGGACCGACGACAUGGUGACGAGUCUCGGGAAGGUAGGACGGGUCGCGCACGUGUUUCCUGACCGAGACGUGAAUGUGGACGUGGGCGGCAGGAUGUGGCGCUUCAACCCGGCCAGUCUGACAAAGGUGUCCGCUCCCGGAGAGGGCGGGAACAGACUGAGUGUGGGAGACCUAGUGAAGAUAGACGGUAAUGCUGCAUGGGUCCGGACAAUGCAAGAGGGCCAUGGAGGCUGGGCUCCAGCAAUGUCCACUACUUUAUGUCAUUACGGUCGAGUAGUUGCGGUAGGUGCCUACCGCGUGAAGGUGGAGGUUCCAGGGAAGGGCGGCUGGCACUACAACCCCGCCGUGCUGACGAAGGUUGAGAGACCCAGGUCCGACAGUAGUGGAAGCAGUAGCAGCAACGACUGCAGUAAUAGUGGCGGCGAUAGUAGCGACAGUAAUGGAGAAGCCGAGAUCGGUGUAGGAGACCUGGUCCGUGUCAGUAAUGACACUGAACGAGUCAAGCUGCUCCAGGAGGGACAUGGCGGCUGGAAUGACAGAAUGAUAGAGACCUUUGGUAAAGUUGGCCGUGUGGUGAAAGUUGACUCGGAUAACAACAUGACGGUCCACGUGGAUGGAACAGACUUGCUCUUCAACCCCAAGUCACUGACCAAGGUGUCAUCAGAAGGGGGUUUCGAAGCCGCAGCUGAACCAUCUACUGCCGGAGAAUCCUCCAUGUGCGCCAAGGGAACGCACCAGUGGAACAAGGACAAGUGUAAAGUGUGCAAGUUUUGCCAAAAGUGCACGGGCUACGGAGACAAAUGUUUGGAACAAGGGAAACUGCAGCUUUUUCCUGGAGGUCCGUGCGGCUGUGGUUCGGGUGAAGCCGGCUGUGAGCGGUGCGGCUGUUGCCGUACGUGUGCCGGGGAGGACGACAGUAGCGACAGUGACGAGGACAUCAGCGGACUGAUGAGGAGCCUUUCCACCAGACGGAAUCAACUUGAUUCUGCCAACCUACUGGGUGCAGAAGAUUCUCCAAGGGCCUUAAAGACGCUCUCAUCUGAGAAACGCCGAGAGAAAUUGCACGAGCUGAUCCCCAAGAUGAGCAAGGUCAUCUCUAUGGUGAAGUCCAACAGGAAUGGAGAGUCAAUCUCAACUAUCAAAGACACACUUGAGGAAGCUUUGGUCGGCCCAUACAGGAGGUUUCGAAAAAAGGCAGAACGUAAACUCAUGGCGGACUACCUCACUAAUAUCGGAGGUGCUCGUGCCCUGACGGACUACCUGAAGUUCCUGAUGAAAGGCAAACACACCGAGUCACAGGUACAAGUAAAAUGCGUGUCUGUCGUUCGGAGUCUUUUGGUGAAUUUCUCCGAUGCCAGUUACGAGUUCUGCCGCGAACUCGGCAAGUCAGGCAUACUGAUGAUUGUAUCACAGGAUCUAGCCAACUUCGACGGCGCUGAUCUCAAACAUGAGCUCAUCCACCAAAUGGUCCUUUCUGCUAUUGUCCUUAUGCACAACUGUGCCAAGGUACCAGAGAACCGACACUUCCUCCAAGACGUCAAGGCAGUCGACCGCAUCAGGCCUUAUCUGCAAGUCGAAGAUCUUGAGCUUAAGGUCCCUGCCGUGUUGACCCUGGCGUACAUUGUGGAAGACAGAAACAGCAGUCUGAUCGAGGUUGACGACAGCGUGGCGGAUUACAUCAUCAGGACCAUGAAUAAGGCGCUUAGUUCCUCUGACAUGAGGGCCGACGGUUACUCCGUGAUGGAACUGGCCAUGGCCCUGGGUGCGCUGGCUCGGAAUGACGCUGACAAAGAACUGCUCACUAAGAAAGGAGCACUGAAACUCCUCAUCGCAUUGACACAAGAUGGCGACAAUUCAGAUAAAGAACAAGCCCUGAUGGCGCUGCAGAUCUUUUGUCGCGACCCUGAAAUCAAAGCCGAGGUAAAGAAGGACCCAGCCGCCGUGACGCUUCUGAACCAGCUGAAGGAACAUGACGAUGAAGCUGUCAACAAAGCGGCUACAGAUGUCAUGCAGACACUGCAGAAAAGCACUGCAGGUGAUUGUCCGUAUAUGCAGAAGUGCAUAACGUUCAAGACUUCUUUAAAGUUAAAAGACGAAUUUUUCGAAAAUCGGUUCAACAUGUGUUACUGCCGUAACUGUCACAUGUCCCGCGGGGACCAGGACUACUACAAACGCGGUGUUCCACAAAAGGACUACGGACUGCCGGUGGGGUGGUGCCGCUUCUCACUCAAGGUCCCUCCUAGAGCCACAGCACUUGAUGUGUUUAAUAAAUGGCAUGUGGCGUUCCAUGGAACAACUGUUGGCGCUCUGGAGAGUAUUCUUAACACCGGGGAUCUUAUCAAACCGGGUGACAAGACCAUGGAAGGUCGCACGCUGUCCGAGGGGGAGGGGCACUUCAAGGACACCUGUAAGCCAGAUGGCUUUAACACAAAACAGGUCUUUGUCUCUCCCAGCAUUAACUACGCAGGUCUACCUGUCUAUGCAAAAGCUAGCAGUUUCAUUCAUCGUGACAAGACCUAUGAAGCUAAGGUGGCCCUGCAACUCUACAUCAAGCCGGACAGCUACAAAGUCGGCGUCUCAACGGUCGCGCGGAGGAACAUAGACAAGAGGUUCAGCGACAGCGAGAUCGAGUGGUCCACGGACAGACAUGGUGUCAUCAUUCUUUAUGGGCUGCUGGUGAAACUGGAGGAGAAGUAG